AUGGCGGCCGUACACGCCCAGCAGCCCUCGGUCUUCCCCAAGAGCCACGUCGGCUUCGACAGCAUUACCAACCAGAUCGAGAAGAAGCUGUUGAAGCGUGGCUUUCAGUUCAAUGUUAUUUGCGUUGGUAUGUACAUACCAGCCGUACCAAUGGUGUACAUGGUGUCUCAUGCAAUGCGCCUCUGAACACCUACGCUUUCGCGGAACACAUCCGCUAAUCACAGGCUUGCGCGUACAGGACAAACCGGCCUGGGCAAGUCGACUCUCAUCAAUACCAUCUUCGCUUCCCACCUCGUCGACAGCAAGGGUCGCCUGACUCCCAGCGAGCCCAUCCGCCAGACCACCGAGAUCCACCCGGUCACCCACAUCAUUGAGGAGAACGGCGUGCGCCUGCGACUGAACAUUGUCGAUACUCCCGGCUAUGGCGAUCUCGUCAACAACGACCGCUGCUGGGAUCCCAUCGUCAAGUACAUCAAGGACCAGCACAGCGCCUACCUGCGGAAAGAGCUCACUGCCCAGCGUGAGAGGUACAUUCAGGAUACUCGCAUCCACUGCUGCCUGUACUUCAUUGCCCCAACAGGACACGCCUUGAAGCCAAUCGAUAUCGUGGUUCUGAAGAAGCUGAGCGAGACCGUCAACGUUGUCCCUGUCAUUGCCAAGGCUGAUAGUCUCACCCUGGAGGAGAGACAGCUGUUCAAGGACCGCAUCAAGGAAGAGUUUGCUUUCCACAACAUCAGGAUGUACCCAUACGACAACGAGGAGUACGACAGCGAGGAGGCUGCCAUGAACUCCCAAAUCAAGGUAUACCAUAUUGAUCCCGACUGCUUCUUGUACAUAGGCUGACUGCUUGGCUUAGUCCAUCAUCCCAUUCGCCGUCGUCGGCAGCGAGCGCAACAUCAACGUUAACGGCAAGACUGUGCGCGGCCGUCAGAAUCGCUGGGGCACCAUCAACGUCGAAGACGAGAAGCACUGCGAAUUCGUCUACUUGCGCGACUUCAUCACCCGCACCCACCUUCAGGACCUGAUCGAAACGACCUCCCAGAUCCACUACGAAUCUUUCCGUGCCAAGCAGCUAUUGGCACUCAAAGAGAGCUCCGCACAGGUGCACUCUGGCAGCAGGCCUAUAUCUCCUUCCGCCGACCGCGAGCUCAGCAGGCAGAGCCAGCGCAUGACCAUGAACGGGUACUAG